AUGAAUGCGGGUCAUACUCUGGUCAAGUUUAGGGAUGAAACAACUAGGGAUUUGGUUUUGGAAGCAAGAGUGGUUCACUUUGAUAGGAAACCAGUCCUAUUUAGGCCUUGGUCGACUGAUUUAGAAACACUGAGGGUGGUGAAUUCAGUCCCAGUUUGGAUGAGAUUACCAAAUCUUGGCCUUCAAUAUUGGGGUUUAAAAAGUCUGAGUGCUCUUGUUAGCACAAUAGGGAAACCUAUGAUGAUGGACAGGGUAACGAAGGAAAAAUCUAUGGUAAAAUUUGCUAGGGUCCUUGUGGAGGUUGAGAUUACUGAUAGAUUACCUCACUCAAUUAGUUUUAUCAAUGAGCGAGGCCAGCUGAUGGAACAGGCUAUAGAAUUCGAAUGGCUUCCCACACGGUGUUCUUGUUGUAAGGGUUUAGGCCACACUGUGUCGAGCUGUAAGAGUGCUCAGGAGGUAGUCUGGAGACCAAAACAGCAAGUUUCAGCUUUAGGUACAGGGGAUAUUAGGGGUGUUACGGUUCUGAAUGAGUCAAAAACUGAGAGUAAGAUAGUGGUAGAUCAAAAGGAUGCUGGGAAAGAAGAUGAAGGAGAUGAGCCAGAUCAUAAGGGAGGUUCGAAGGAGUCCAUGACCACAACAUCUGAGGACACAAAUGAGGCUUGCUGUUCAACGGCUGAGAAGGAGAAAACUUUGACUAUACCUAGGAAAGUGGGGGGUCUAAGGAAAAAUAGUUCCAUAGAACAGACUUUGGAAGCUAAUAAAUUCAGUGUUCUGGUUUAG